CAACGCAGCCACACACACGCACCGAGCCAUCACCAACUCCCAUUCUCAUUCCUCGCACUCUCUCUUUCUUUUAUCCCCUUUAUCCUUCCUAUCCCCGACCCCUCUUCGGCAUGGGGAACUUCGCGUCCUGCACGCUGGCCAGGAUCCCCGGGGCGGCCAAGGGCGCCAGGGUGGUGCUCCCCGACGGCGGGAUCAGGCUGGUCAGGCCCCCGACGACGGCGGCGGAGCUGAUGCUCGAGGCGCCGGGGCAUUUCCUGACCGACGCGCGCGCGCUGCAGGCGGGGCGCCGGAUCGAGGCGCUCGCGGCUGACGAGGAGCUCGAGCUCGGGGGCGUCUACGCCGCCUUCCCCAUGAAGCGGCUUGGCUCCAAGGCCGCGCCCGCCGACGUGGCGCGCCUGGCCGCCGUUUUCGCCAGGGAGGCUCACGCCCGGAGGCCAGCUUCGGCCAAGGUGGCGGCCAUCGUCGUGGCGCCGCCCGAUGUGGCCUCGGUUGCCGCCGAGGCGGACAUCGCGCCGGUCAGGGCCCCGCGGUUGGAUGAGAUGGCAGUGGACGACGAGGCGGCUGCGGCGGAGAUCGGAGAGCUCAAGCAACGGAUAAGCGGCGGUCGCUUGUCGAGGCGGCGACCGACGUUGGAGACCAUACACGAGGAGAGCUACGCCGCACUAGUAUGCUAAUAAUGCAACACAAGUCCAGUAGCCAUCUAACAAAACGAGAGAUGGCAAAGGCCUUCUCUCGUAUUCUUAUUCUUUUUUUCUUUUCUUUGACCAUGUGUAAAUAUUGCUGCCUGUUUUUUCAUGUAUUUUUGAGCGAUGAAAGGGCAAUUGAACCCAAAAAAAUUAAUGGUGGGCAAGUAAUGAAUGAAUGAAGGAGAUCCAACAUUUUUUUA